AAGAGCCAACGCACAGUUGGCCGUCUCAAGUUCCUGGCCCUUCGUCCGCUUUGCGCCAUGGCGACUCUCGGCUUCCUGCUUGUGCUGGCCGCUGCCAGCGAUGAUGUGGAGGCUGAGCUGGAGUCCCCCAAGCUCAGCUGCUUCCGGCGAGGUUGGGGCUAUGAGGACUCUUGGCACAAGGACCUCAACGGCGGCUUUGUGGCCAAUGCAGAGACCUGCCAGGAAACCUGCGAUCACAUGUGGUUCUGUGACGUCUUCACCUAUUACGAGGACACGAAAAAGUGCUUCCUCCAAGGCAACCAAGCCAUUGAGAUGGUGAAGACAACAGCCAUCAGCGGCCCCAAGACGUGCUCAGCCACCUCCUUGUCCGAAGCUCUGAAGAUGGUGAAGCACGCGGGCUGGUCUGCGGCCAAGGGCGCGCAGGCAGAGGCUAUGAACCUGCAGCAGAUCAAGAUCGCAGGGGUGCAGGCGGUGCAGCAGAAUGGCGUGAAGCUGGGCUUGUCCAACACGCAGAAGGCGCAAGUCACUGCGGGGGUCGUCGGCAUGAUCGCAGCAGUGAAAGCGGCGGGAGAUGGCAACAGAGUCUCAACUGACUUUUAGUCAUGGUGUUGCCCAAGCGGCCGCUUCUCCUUAGUCGCUUCCUACAAGUGAC